GUGGACAAAUUGGGGACUCCUCCUCCCUCCCCCUCCUGCAAAUCUGGAUAUUUCAAAACCCCACAUUUAUUAUAACUUUCCAAGUUCCCUUUUUAACGCUUUUUCCAGAAAACUCGAAACAAUAAAUAUGUCAAUCGCUCGCAUGGCCCUUCGCUCAGUUGCUGUCAAAUCUACUCUUCCUUCCAUUGCUGCUCGUUCAUAUAGCGCUGCUGUUAUGCAGAAAGACGUGCUUCAAGAUUUGUUCAUUAAAGAAUUGAAGGCUUACAAGCCUCAACCUGUUACUGCUGCUGAUGAAGCUCCUGCCAAGGAUUUCAAAUUUCCCCUUGCUCCUGCUGUUCCUGAAAUCGAUGCUGAUUUAGCUCAACAAUUGGCUGCUUACGACGCUGAACCCGAGGAAACCUCUCAAUAAAGCAAUAGAGAAAAUCACAGCUCUCAUCUUCGACCCUCACCCACAGACACAUUAUAGUAAUAUGCUAUAAUAUAUAUCUUUCAGCCCAAAGACCAGACUUGAAUCAUGACAGGAAAAAAAAAAAGAAAAAAAAAAAAGAAACAGAUUUAAAGUAGACUUGAUUCUUUUUUUCAUAUAUAAAAAAAAAGAUGAUAACAGCUCAAAGGCAACAUCGUGUAUAAAUAAAACUUGAUUUUUGCUGCUAAGUUUGAAUGCAAUAUCAAAGACGGCAUCCAGAUAUUUUUAAUUCAUCAUAGAUGUUUGCAUUUUCUUCCCCCGCUCUUUGUUUCCUG